CCAAUUUUUCAACCCAACAAAGAAAUCAACUUUUCCCAGGCUUCUCCAAGGAUUGUGUCACCGGCGCUUUCUUGCUGCAAAUUCUCAUUUCCCCAGCUCCGCGCAGGUCAAAAACUGCGGCCGCAUUUUGCAGUCUCCGCGGAUGCCGGCGCCUUUCAUUCUGUGGAGGACAAACUCCCAGCCGAUCUUCAUAUCGUUGAAACACAAGAGCCCAAUUCCAGGGUCAAAUUGAGCGUGGAAGUUCCUCCUGCUGUAUGUGAGGAUUGUUACAUAAGAGUCAUAAGGGAAAUUUCAAAACGUGCAAAGGUCCCCGGGUUUCGACCUGGCAAGAGUAUCCCUGAAAGCAUACUGGUUGGAUUUGCCGGGAAGCAAUAUGUUCAGAAAGCUACUGUUGAAUCUAUUCUCAAGAGAACCCUCCCGCAUGCCUUGUCUUCGGUAACUGGAAAGGCCUUGGAAGACUCAAUUCAUAUUGCUACAAACUUUCAAGAUAUGGAAAAGACGUAUAUAUCCCUGAACUCUCUGAGGUACGAUGUUCUUGUUGAUGUGGCACCUGAUAUCAAGUGGGUUCCAGAAAAUGCAUACAAAAAUUGUAAGGUUGUUGUGGAGUUAGCCAGUGAUGCAGAUGCUCAGAGAAUUGCUGAACAAGAAUUGAAGUUUCGUCACAAAGCUCUAGGUCCAUUACAAAUUGUUGCUGAUAGGGGACUACAGGUUGGCGAUGUAGCAGUUCUUGAUAUAUCAGCUAUGACGAUUGAACAAAAUGAAUCAAAUUCUAAAAGAAUUCCAGCUGCAGAGAGUAGAGGUUUUAACUUUGAUACAGAGGUAGAUAAUGUUCUCCCUGGUUUCCUAGACUCUAUAAUUGGAAUAAAAUGUGGUGAAACAAAGUCCUUUCCAAUUGUAUUUCCAGAAUCAUGGAAACAAGAAGAUCUCCGUGGUGUUCAUGUUCAAUUCACGGUUCAUUGUAAGGAACUAUUCUAUAGGAAUUUACCUGAGCUGAAUGACUCCAUCGCGGAAAAACUUGUUCCAGGAUGCACUACCAUUGAGGAGGUCAAGCAAGCAUUGUGGGAAAGGUGCCAUGAAGUGGCCCAAGCAGCUAAAGAACAGGCCACUGAUAAUGCAAUUCUAGCUCAGAUUCAACAGAUGGUUGAAGUUGAUAUCCCACAAUCACUCUUUGAGGAACAAGGGAGGCACCUGUAUGGGGCCCAACUAUUAGAAAAACAAGCAAACAUGAAGCUCAAUGAACAGCAGCUGGCAGCUCUAUCAAGCCCCAAGGCCGUGAACGACUUCCUUCAAUCUCAAAAGGCGAACAUAACAAACAUCAUAAAGCAAAACCUAGCCAUUGGUGAUAUAUUCUCUCGCGAAAAUCUGCAGUACUCAGUUGAGGAGUUGGCAAAGGAGGUCAAAAACUCAAUUUCUGUGCUCAAACAAAAUAAGCAGGAUUAUGACGAGGAGCGCGUGAAGGAACAGGUGCGAGAGGUACUUGAAGGAGCAAAAGUACUCGAAUGGCUUAGAGAGAAUGCAGAGAUUCAGUACAUAACAAGAUAGAGAGAAAAAUUGGAACUGCCAUUUCUCCUAAACACAUAUAAUUCCUUCAGGUGAAAACGAAUUACCAACUAUUUGGUGUAGAAUUCCUUCAGGUGAAGCUUCCGGCAACACCUCCUCUGGUUCGGUCGGGCGGAAGAGCAAGAAAAGCAGACACAAAUGGGGAAGAAGAGUUUGAUUCCUUUAAAUGUAUAUUUGGUUCAUAUAAAAAUAUUCGAUUUGUUUAAAUUCUAAAAUAUCUUAUAAACAUUUACUUUGUUU